UGCGAAAAACUACAACUCCCAUGAUGCCUCCACGCGCAGAGUUUCUAACAGAUGUGCUAAACCUGAGCGCUUCGCUCACCGUGUUGUUAGGCGAAGUGCUCGAGCGUCGCGUUGUCGUUUAAAGUAAAUCUUCAGGAUGUCAGAACUGAGCGAUGAAGCGAGCGAGUCCGAGCAGCUGGGCUCCAGUCUCUCCGUGUGGCUGGCGGACGGCGGGAACAUCCAGGAAGACCUCGACGUGCCCCUGGACCUCCACACCGCCUGCUCCAUCGGCCAGUACGACGUGGUGUCCGAGUGCAUUCGCAGCGGCAAACUAGACGUGGACGGAAGGAACCUGGGAGGAUGGACCCCGCUGAUGUACGCGGCGUACAUCGGCCACGACAACGUGGUCAACCUGCUCCUGGAAUCCGGCGUUAGCGUCAACGCCAGCACGGCGAAAGGACUGACCCCGCUGAUGUUAGCCGCCAGCUGUGGGAACGAGAGCAUCGCUUACUUCCUCCUCCAGCAAGGGGCGGAGCUUGAGCGCAAGGACGCGCACGGUUGGACGGCUCUUCUGCACAGCACGAGCACCGGGCAUCAGCAGAUGGUCAAGUUUCUCCUGGAGAACAACGCAAACGCGAACAUCAAAGAGCCAGCGUUUGGGUUCACCCCUCUGAUGGAGGCUGCGGCAUCAGGCCACGAGAUCAUUGUUCAGUACCUUCUCGACUGUGGAGCACGUGUGGAGGAAAGGAACCUGAAAGGCGAGACGGCGAAAGGUUUAGCGUCGAUGUACGGCCACACGAAGAUCGCGAGCCUCAUCGACAUGCACUGCCUGAGAGCGAAACCAGGUGUGUACGAGGAGCCCAGCUCGUCUGAGGAGGACAGCGCAGCACCCAGAGCCAGAUCGAGCCGCAGCAGGACCAGGGGCCCGAGCAUUCACGACGGCCCUCAGGCUAUCGCUCGCUUUCGGGUCACUCCCAAACACGAAACGCCGUCGGCUCCGCCCGGCUACGUGACGUUCCGCGACGUAGGCGAACAGAACGAGGGCAUCUGCAACCGUGAUGUCACUUCCCCCAUUAACGACCUGGACGGCCAGAGCAACAGCAGUCGAGGUAAUGAGCUGUACUUCGACAACGACAUGCCCACCAUACGGAGCAGCAGCAGCAGCAGCGAGGGUCUGCCGCACCUCCUCGGCCUCAGCAGGGAAGCGUCGCUAGAGAGCAACGAGGACUCGGACCAGGCGAAGCGGAGCUGCCCCCGACGACCCAACAAGCCCCAUCACUCCAAGGGCAAGAGUCGUCACAAUAACAGUGACUGUGCUGAGAAUUCCGGGGUUCCCCCUACACCGGGGACGACCCCUUCUUACACAGGGCCAAAGGACCUGGCCGAGUUCCUGGAGCAGAUAGGAUUUAGCAAGUAUCUCCCUUUGCUGGAGGAGCAGGACAUCGACCUGAGGAUUUUUCUCACACUGACCGAGAACGACCUCAAAGAAGUGGGAAUCACCUUGUUUGGCCCGAAGAGGAAGAUGACGUCCGCGAUAGCCCGUUGGCAUAGCAACGCCCGGCCGCCGAGUGACGCGCUCGAGCAGGUGUACGCCGACAAACUGGAAGCCGAGAUGCAGGAGAUGGCGAUUCAGCUGCAUAAGCACUGCGUGGAGGCGGAGGCUCUGCAGGGCCAGGUAUCCCAGGAGAAGGAGCUGCGCACAGUGAUGGAGGGCUGCUUGAUGGAGGAGAAGAUGGCGUGGAGGAACGUGCAGGCCGAGCUACAAACCAGCGUGAAGCAGGUCCAGGCCCUGAACGCCACACUGCACACACUGCGCAACACACACACGCAGCUCCGACGGGCUGUGGAGAAAGGCGACGGAGACGUGUACUCGGAGAUGUUCUCCAGCAUGGAGUCGUGCGAGGAGAAAAUAGCGGCCAGCCUGAAAUCGCUCAGUCAGAGUCUACAGCAUCUCUGUGCUCCAGAGAAAAACUCCAACAGCUGGCAGGGAGCAUCCUAGCAGCUGCAGCAGCUGCAGAAUUUCUCUGACGGAGGGUGAACACACCACCCUAAACACACGCUGAUCUGCCUGAGCUGAACAAGAAGGAGAGAGAGAGAGAGAACGUCAGAGAAGAAACAACGAUCGACAAGCAGGAGAGGGUUUAAAGCUCCUCCCACACCUGUGCUCCAGACAGACGCCAGACGGAGACAAGCGACCGAAUUGGAGCGGACUCGCGUCGCUAUGCGAUCAAUGCUGGACUACAAAUCAAAUCUCGGAAAUCUCGCGCCGUAGCCGAGCGAUUUAUAUAUUUAACUCUAAAUGUCGAUUUAGUACACGCCCAUCAAGGAGGAGGAGCUGGGGGCGGAGUCAAUACCAGAACACGAACGAUUUUUCAGGAAAUGAUUAAAAAAAAAAAAAAAAAGGAAAUAUAUUAGAUCUAACCUAUGAUAUUGAUCUGAUCAUGUAACGAUAGAAACGUGUGCGGAUGUCCUGACCUUCACGCCCCCGCGAUGUUCCCCGUAACGGGAACGGAAUUACGAAGCGGCGGAUUCGAAAAGAUUGUUUUGUUUUCUUUGUAUGAACUCGAUCAUGUGCGUUUGAUUUAUAUGAAGAGUAUUUGGUUUUACACUGUGUGACCAAAAGUAUCAGGACACCCAGUCGUUCAGGUUCGUCUUCGGACAUGAACUAGGAGACCACCGGAAUGCCGCUUGUGCAGAAAGCCAGGUCAAUGAAGAUCUGCUUUUCCACAAGGUUGGACGAUGUGGAAGAUCUUCUGCUCUAAAAAAAAAUCAAGUGAAACUUAUAAUAAGAGCGAAUGGAGACUCGGAAAUACAAAUCUUACGCCCAGGUGUCCACAUACUUUUGGCCGUACCGUAUUACAUUUGUUCGGUUGAAUGUAGAAUUAAAAUUGAUUCAUAACAAGA